AUGCCUGCAAGAUUUUUACAAAGAAGUUCUCUUAAAGGUACAAUUGCAAUUACUUGUUUUGUCUUUUUGCGUUUCAUAUUUUUACUUAGCGCAUUGCUUUUUCCAACCAACACAUGUUUCGGUCUUUUUAUGGCCAUUUCUGUGCCCGCCUACUUGCCCAAUCGCAAUGUGUUCGUAUCAUACAAUUUUGAAUUUAAUUACUAUUUGCCCGAACAUGUCUACAAAUACCCACCUUAUCUGGCGGAUGACCCAAUGGGCAUUGGUAGCUAUCUGACUUAUAAUACCACAUCGCCAGAAAACGAUUGCUAUAAUUGCAGAUCGUCUGCACGACAGGCGAACAACUAUACUGAUAAUUCUAUAGAGCCAGAGCCAGAGCCAGCGCCAUCUCUUUUCACUCGCUCCUCCCUGUACUCAGUACUGCGGGAUACCCUGGAUAGAAUCGGCUAUCCCUCUGAAGCGUGCCUGUUGCGUCUAAUUUGUGAAACGAACGCCGCCACGCUGGGAGACAGCAAUGGUUUCUUAGGCAGCUUACUGCACAUCAUAUUAACUCCAAGUACCUCGCAGGACGACCAGCUACCAGAUGAGUAUUACGAAGCGGAAGAAAGUGGUCAACACAAUAGCUGCGAUUCAUACAAGAGAAACUGUGCCGAGAGUGUUUUAGAUAUAAUAUCAAUGCCAAUGGAGAAAAUUAUUGGGGAGCUAGUAAGCAAAUGA